AGAAAAGGCAAGCCUUGCCUUAUACAGAGAGAUCUGUGCAGUGACACAAUGGCUAAUAUAAAGUGUCAGUUGAGCUCAGCUGAAGGCAAAGGAACAAAGAAAGAUCAAGACUCAGUGGCUGCUUUAGACAAAAGGAAAGUGAGAAGAGUCAAAGUCCCUUGUGAUGGAGAAAUUUAAGGCUGCUGUCCUUCUGGCAGGGGUAGGGGAUGCUCUUGGUUAUCGAAAUUUCACCCGAGAAAACAGUGCUUUAGGUGCAAAGAUCCAAGAGGAACUAAAGGAAAUUGGAGGACUUGAGAACCUGGUGCUGUCUGGAGACAAAUGGCCAGUGAGCGACAAUACUCUCAUGCACAUGGCUACAGCAGAGGCUGUCAUCACAGAUUACUGGUGUUUAGAAGACCUAUAUCGUGAUUUGGUAAAACACUAUGUUGAGAUUAUUGACAAACUUCCAGGGAAAUGGUCAGAUCCUGCUACCAUUGAAGGUUGCUCACAGUUAAAACCAGAUAACUAUCUCCUAGCUUGGCAUACACCAUUCAAUGAAAAGGGUUCUGGAUUUGGAGCCGCUACAAAAGCCAUGUGUUUAGGGAUGAAAUACUGGAAGCCUGAGAGGCUAGAAACUCUUAUUGAAGUGAGCAUCGAGUGUGGACGAAUGACUCAUAAUCACCCUACAGGCUUUUUAGGGUCCUUUUGUACAGCUUUGUUUGUAUCAUAUGCAAUACAAGGAAAACCACUUGUGCAGUGGGGAAGGGAAAUGAUGAAGGUGGUCCCAAUGGCUGAAGAAUAUUGCAAAAAGACCAUUCGACACAUGGCAGAAUAUCAGGAGCACUGGUUUUACUUUGAAGCCAAAUGGCAGUUUUAUUUGGAGGAGAGAGAAAUCACUGAAGAUAAUCAGAAUAAACCCGUCUUUCCUGAUAAUUAUGAUGCUGAGGAGAGAGAAAAGACUUACAGGAGGUGGAGUUCUGAAGGACGGGGUGGAAGAAGAGGCCAUGAUGCUCCCAUGAUUGCAUAUGAUGCUCUUUUAGGAUGUGGUGGUGACUGGACAGAACUUUGCAACCGAGCAAUGUUCCAUGGGGGUGAGAGCGCAGCCACUGGAUCUAUUGCCGGCUGCUUGUAUGGAUUGCUUUACGGCCUGAACAAGGUUCCCAAAGGCUUGUACCAGGAUCUUGAACUGAGGGAGAGGCUAGAAUACUUGGGCGAGUCUCUUUACCGACGGUCCACAGAGGAAAACACUAAAUGUACAAAGUUUUGUGAUGAUAAGCUGCUGAUAGAUCCCAUGGUGCUGAAGAAGAAGCUAAAUAGGAUGGCAACAGAACCAGGGGCUUUUGCUGUCCUCAGCAGCCUGCUGCUUUACAUCACAGACCUCGCAGCCUGCGACCCACAGAUGCCGAGGAAGAAGGCAAAAUGGGCAGAAGGCAAAGGAAGCAAGGUGAUUUGUAAUCCUGAAUGCCAAAGUGCAGACAAGAGCAAGCGCCCCACAAGAUUCCAGCUUUUGCAAUCCAAGUUCAUGAAUAACAAUCAUGAACCUUACAUAAAGAAGACAAGAGAAGUUGGCAAACUAAUCAUUAAAGAAAAGCAGUGGGUAAACAGGGGCUGUCUAAAUGCCACUGUUAACAAAUUAGACAAAAAUAAGGAGAAAAAAGGAAGUGGUCAAGCACCAGAAGAGAACAAAAAGAUAAUGCCCAAUGAGAGGGUCAAGUGGAAUGGUCUGAGUGGGAAAAAUACAGUGAAAAACAUUCUGAAGAAAUUUUUAGCUGCAGGGGAGAAAGAAACUAAGGAGAAUGCUUCUGUCUGGAAAAAGAAAGAGCCAAACAGCAAUUUGCCAAAAAUAAUCAGCAGGAAUUCUGUUUUCUCCAAACUGAAGGAAAAGUUUGAACAGGCAAGUUCUGUUUGUUCAGCCACAGAGGCGAAAACAUUGCUGUUGCGCAAAGAUUGGCAGAAUGCUCCUCUAUGACUCCAGCCAAGAGAAUGAUGACAUGAGCAGACUGGCAGCAUGCUAAAUUCAAAUCCCUUUGAUGACAGUGUGAAGAGCACAGAUACACAGACGACAGCUGGGCUGGGCAGGCAGGGGACACUGCUUUGAGAGGUGACAUGGAACACAGUGUUCCCUCCCUGAUAGCUAAAGAAGGUGAUAUUUCAAAUUUUUCCUUGAAGACAUCGCAUUAGCCUUCCUGGUAGCAAGAAGCUCAUGGAGUGAAAUCUUCCCCUUCCCAUGCAGAGGGCCAGAUAAAAGAACUGUGCCCCCCUUAAAGCCACAAAAUUGGGAGUAAGUAGAAUUUAUGGGUUGUAUAAUACUGGACCUCUGCACAGGGGAGAAUUUCUUUCAUGGAGACUUUUUGAGCCAGCAGCCAUAGAGGCUUCUUAGAACUGAACUAAGCAUGAUUGAUAUUAUUAUUCAGUAUUACAUGACCUAGUUGGAAAGUGCACUGUAACAUAAAAAAAAUCAACAUCAAACUAGAAUAGCAAGUUCUCUGUUUGCCUGUUCUCUAGCUGGGGUCUAAAAAUUGCAGAUAUAUCUGGCUGAAGUGGGGAUUUUUUUUUAAUAAAAAAUGAGUGUUUAUUUUUUGUAAUAAAAACCUGCAGUUCAUAUGGUUGGAAAAAUCAUCAACCAGAAUUAGGGAGCUUUUACUAGCUGCCUGGAAAUUGAUAAAGUGUUACUUGGGCAAUGCACAGGGAAUUUUAUCUAUGUGUACCAGGAAGCCCAACCCCUCUCUGUGUGUAUCCUACAUGUCUGCUUCUCUUGAUGCUGCCGAAGCACUACCACAGUAUUCUGGACACUUUCCUUUCAGUACAAGUCAGAUAUUAGUGGGGUAGAUAAUUUUUAGGGGGUGAUUUUUGCAUUUCUGUGUGCCUCAAUGUAUAUGGGCUAGAAAAGUGAUAAAUCCAUUAGCAUCAAUUGAUCAUCUGCCAUAGGUACUGGAACUAGGAGUGUUGCAUCCCCUGGCUUGAAGUGGUUUCCAUUAUAUAUAGGGUUUCCAGUUUAGUUCAAUGGCUCUUGGCACCCCUGCUACGAAAAUUGUUCCAGCAUCCCUGUCAUCUACCACAAGCAACCUUAAAACACUGGAGACACUUGCACCAACUGCAAACUAAUGUGUGAUGGCCCAGUAAAGUAAACCACAUCUUUUAGUAUCAAUAAUUAUUAAGGAAAUGUCAAAACAGCCUAGGUAUUUAACAAAAACGACAUAUAAGCCGGGCAGGGGAAAGGAGGUUGUAUCACUGUCCUGGGAAGGGAAGUGAACACCAAAACCUACUCCCCUUAAGGCCCUUGGCUCAGGUCACCAUUUAUUGUUUGAACACAAAAGACAUAAAAUAAAGCAACUUUUAGUUGCUGGCUACAAGCCCAGAGGUUUUUUCCCUUGUUGCCUCCAGCCAUGUGGUAGGCAGGGAUCCCUUAAACCUUUUUUGAAUUGCUGCUCACCUUGCCCAAACAAGUAAUUAUUUUUUUUGCUAUUUUUGUUAGCACAUCUGAUGUUUACUUUUCUAUAUUUGAAUUAUUAAUGUAAUCAUACGCAGUACUGCUACUGUAAAAUGUUAUUGUUUUAUAUUCUACUAUAGUUCACUAGGGCUGGGAUUUUGAAAGGGCAUAAGGGAAUUAGAUAUUCACCUAAGGGAAUGAAGUACUCAGACCUCAUUGAUUUAAAUGGAAUUUAGGUGUCUGAUUCCCUUAUGCUGCUUUUGAAAAUCCCAACUUAGACCUAAAUACACAAAACCACAACCUUCUUGCAAAUGAAAAGAAAGAAGAGUGCGAAGGGUUUCUGCAAAGCAAUUCCUGCAUAUGUGUUACAAUUUAGAAUUUCCAAUGUUAAUAGUGUCUUCCUCAUUUGUAUAUGCAGUUAUUUUUGUUAGGACCCCAAGCAAACAUGAUGACAUUUUUUUCAUGCGCCGGUGCAUUUUGCAUUGAUUUGAGUUUUUGUAACUUUGCUUUAAUUGAACACUGAGGGUCAUGAAAAAGAAGGCAGUCAAGAAGCAUGACUUUAAACUAGAGGUUGGGGCUCUUGGAGUAAAAGAAUUAGGCUUGAGAGGAGGACUGGAAUACCAUACAAGAAGAUCUGGACGACCUUGAAAACUGGAGUAAUAGGAAUGGGAUUAAAUUAAACAGUGUAAAGUGCAAGGUCAUGCAUUUAGGGACUAACAACAAGAAUUUUUGCUAUAAGCUGGGGACUUAGUUGGAAGUGACAGAGGAUGAGAAAGACUUGGGUGUAUUGGUUGAUCGCAGGAUAACUAUGAGCCGCCAGUGAGAUGUGAUUGCGAAAAAGGUUAAUGCAGCCCUAGGCAUAGGUGCUGCUACACAGGACCCGCCCAGAGGAUUCAGGGGGUCUAGGGUCUUCAGCAGCGGGGGUCCUUCCGCUCUGGGUCUUCGGGGCACUUCAGCAGCGUGUCCCGGAGCGAGUGAAGGACCAGCUGCUGAAUUGCCGCCAAAGACCCGGAGCGGAAGAAACUCCAAGUCUUCGGUAGUGGGUCCUUCACUCGCUCUGGAUGUGUUCGGCGGCACUGAAGGACCUGCCACUGAAGACCACCGAAAACUCUCGUGAGGGCCCCUGAAAACUUUUGUGGGGAACUCUGCGGGGCCUGGGACCUGGAGCAAAUUGCCCCAUGUGCCGCCCCCUCUGGGUGGCCCUGCUACUGCAUCCCUUCCCUUGAAGUAGUUUCCAUCAUAUAUAGGGUUUAAGUUUGAUUCAAAGGUUCUCAGCACCCUGACUAUACAAAUUGUUCCAGCACCUCUGGUCCUAGGAUGCAUCUGGUGAGGUAUUUCUAGUGGAGACAGGGAAGUAUUAGUACCAUUACACAAGACACUGGUGAGACCUCAUCUGGUAUACUGUGUGCAAUUCCGGCCUCCCAUGUCUAAGAAAGAAAAAUUCAAAGUGGAAUAGGUGCAGAGAAGGGCUACUAGGAUGAUCUGAGGAAUGGAAAACCUACUUUAUGAGGGGAGACUCAGAGCUUGGCUUGUUUAUCCUAACCAACAGAAGCCUGAGGGGACAUAUGAUUGCUCUCUAUAAAUACAUCAGAGGGAUAAAUACCAGGAAGGGAGAGGAGUUAUUUAAGCUCAGUGCCAGUGUGGACCCCAGAACAAGUGGCUAUAAACUGGCCAUCAACAAGUUUAGGCUUGAGAUUAGACAAAAGUUUCUAACCAUCAGAGGAGUGAAGUUCUGGAACAGCCUUCCAAGGGGAGCAGUGGGGGCAAAAAACCUAAUUUGUUUCAAGACUGAGCUUGAUAAAUUUAUGGAGGGGAUGAUAUGACGAGACUGCCUACAAUGGUGUGUAGCUGAUCUGCGACUGCUAGCAGCAAAUAUAUCCAGCAGCCAGUGAUAGGACACUAGAUGGGGAGGGCUGUGAGGUACUACAGAGAAUUCUUUCCCAAGUGUCUGUCUCAGGAGUCUUGCUCAUAUGCUCAGGAUCUAACUGAUCACUAUAUUUGGGGUCGGGAAGGAAUUUUCCCCUCUGCAGUUUGGGGCAUGGAUCACUCACAGGUUUAAACUAGUAUGAAUGGUGGAUUUUCUGUAACUUGAAGUCUUUAAACCAUGAUUUGAGGACUUCAGUAACUCAGCCAGAGAUUAUGGGUCUAUUACAGGUGUGAGUGGACGAGGUUCCGUGGCAAUGUGCAGGAGGUCAAACUAGAUGAUCACGAUGGUCCCAUCUGACCUUAAAGUCUAUGAGAGUGAUCACAUGGUGUUUAGUGCAGGGAGUGGUGGUAAGUAGAAGAUUCAGCCAGCCUGUUUUUUUCCAGCAUCUUACAAAGCAUUCAUGUCCUGUACUCUUAAAGCAUAAUAAAAUCCACAUGCAAGCCCCAGCAUCUAGCAUCAGUAAACUACAUAUAGUGUAUGAGCACAUAGUAAGCCAGUUUCACUAGAGCAAAAACACAUAAAAAUCUAAUAUGCAUAUCCAGCUUAUUUCCCCUCCCCCUCCCUUCUACAAGCAACAGAUACCAAGAGGUAUGUGCUGUUUCAGUAGCUCAGUAGAACACCCUUCUCUAGGCCAAUCAUGGUAUCAGUCAAAUCCUGGAGCUCUUCACUGGCCACGGUGAAAAAGCUCCAUCUUGUGGUCUAAUUUAUAUAGCAUGCUGCAAGUAAAUGGAGGUGAAACUAGCAAAAAGAAUAAUAGAUUCAUAGAAAUACAGGGCUGGAAGGGGCUUCAGGAAGUCAUCAAAUCCCACCCCUGUGAAGAGGCAGGAUCAAUUAAAUCUAGACCAUCCUUGACAGGUGUCUGUUUGGCCAGUUCUUAAAAACCUCCAAUUGUGGAGAUUCUCCCAUCUCUCUUGGAAGCCUAUAAGCCUAUUCCAGCGCUUAACUAUCCUUACAGUUAGAAAGUUUUUCCUAAUAUCUAACCUAAAUCUCCCUUGUUGCAGAUUAAGCCCAUUACUUCUUGUCCUAUCAUCAGUGGACAAGAAGAAUAAUUGAUCACUGUCCUCUUUAUAACAGCCCUUCACAUGUUUGAAGAUUGUUAUCUGGUCCCCCCCUCAGUCUUCUUUUCUCAAGACUAAACAUACCCAUUUCCUAAUAGGUCAGUUUUUUUAAGCUUGUUAUCAUUUUUGUUGCUCUUCUCUGGACUCUCUCCAAUUUGUUCACAUUUUUUCUAACGGGUGGUGCCCAGAACUGGACACAGUACUGCAGCUGAGAACUCACUGGUGCUGCCUAGAGCAGGACAGUUAUCUCCCAUGUCUUACAUACAAUAUUUCUGACAGUGAUUGCACUCUGGAAGAGCAUCUCUUAAAAAAAGUGACUUGUUCUGGUGAUUAAGGAGAUGCAGCGGGAAGUGUAGGGAUCCUUAGGGUUCUAGCUGGGAUGCUAUGGGACACUGAAAGUAAAUGCCGGCUAUCUUAGAAAUCUAGUUUAACUAGUUCACUUUCCAUAAUAUCUUUGAAAUGCAUAACAUCCUCGAAUUCUAUUUGUCUUUUUCACUUAUGCAAACAUCCCAAUUUAUGGAACUAAGUAUUUUUCACUCCACGAUGAGCGUUUUUAGCAUAGAAGAGUCAUUGCUUGAUUACUGCUUUGUUAUCAUGUAAAAGACUUCCUCUCUGUCAAAUACGAAAAUAACAAGCAGCUGAUUCUAUGGUUGCUGUACGACCUGAAGGGCCUGGUAGGAUUUUUGAACUAUUAUGCACCUCAAAUGGCUUUCCUUGGUUUGUCCUUGUUGGUUCUACCACUACUUAUAUCUUAUUGCACUGUAGGUACCUGGAGGAAUAUGUAAAAUGGUAGGCACCUUGGCUGGCCGGCAAAAGCUACAGCAGAGCUUUGAUGACGUGUAGAACUGAACAGCAGAAACUUGCCACCAGAGGGAGUGUAUAGAAAUAGUAAAACCUGUGCAUGAAAAUAAAUGUUGUAUUGUAUUGCUCAUCUCUACAAAUGUGUGUUUUAGAGAUUAGGGGUUAUAUGUUCAGGUUUGACUAGUGGUUUUGGGUGCCCAACUUGAGCUAUUUUAAAGGGGCCUGAUUUUCAUAAAGUGUUAAGCAACUGCUCUCUGAAAAUCAAACCCUGGUAACAUGUCUCAUGUUGCACAGUCAAGAAUUGAAGCAUCCCAGAUCACUUUGAAAAAUAUUUUAAAAUGAAGGCAAACCUAAGGAUAGCUGCCAUAUAGGAACAAAUCAGGAAUGCAGUAUCCUGUCUGCAAGUUUGGCUAAGGCAGGGCAUUUUCAUCACAAGAAGGUGCAACACCCGUCCCCCACCCCCGCAGGGUGCAUGCUGCAUUGUCCAGUACUACACCGAGCAUGGAAGGGAAUCUGAGCCCACCUUAGUCCUGGCAGAAAGGUGGGAGAACUUAGUCAAGGAGCAGCUGAAAAAGGUGAGAAGCUGAUUCCAUUUGCUAUUUCCCAACAGUUCCUAGGGUGAGUUGAGCAAAAUAACACUGCAUGACACUUCAGAAGCCACUGAUCAUUACCAAGAAGCAGCAGUGUUUAAUCUGAUUACAGGACCAAGCCAGAAUAUUUGAGUCCCUAUAAAUCUUUAAAAUUAAAUCAUGUGAAUUUAAUGCUCAUUAAAAGAUCUGGAUUUCUAGGCCUGGUGACGGAGAUCCUUCCUUCGUGUAAAGAAAAGGCACAGUGCAGGUGUCUGUGGGCCAAACUUCCCAAUAAGACCCUGCCAAUAUAUUCCAGCUGAACUGCCUCCUGCAUCAAGCAGACAUAUCUGCAGAACACAACAAAAGCCCAAGUGCAAUUUAGGCACUAUAUUGUCUCAUAUCAGGUUUUCUUUUAUAGUCUUUUCUGUGAUACACAUUAUACAGUAUAUAGAUAGUGUUUGUAACUGGAAAUCACAGCAGGUUGCUGUCAUGAAUAACAUAGAUGUUCCUUAAUAAUGAUUCUUUGCUUAUUAUCUGGGUUGCUUAUCUGUACCACUGAGGGUUGCAUGAGGCAAGAUUAGAAUAAUAAAGACACAUACAGUAAUCGUCUUGUAAUAAUCCUUAUGAGAAAAUCAAGGAAGAAGCAUGAGAAAUGAAGACAAACAAAGCCUGCAACUAUCUAAUCAGACAUAAACUGUUGUCUAUUUUCUAUGAGAGCUGACACGAACGAGGCUGCACAGGGCAGAUGGAAUAUGUAAGAUGGGGAGAAAUUAUGAAAGAGACGUGGCUUUGAAAAAGAGCAGCUCAGUCUUCGUGCUGUGCCUGGGAAUCGAUUUGUAUAGUGAGCGGCCUGGCUACUUGUAACUGACAGUUGAACACUGAGGUUGCAGUACAGGAACUGUGCUUGUGCCCUGAAGAAAAAAUGACAACACUGUUGACAGCUGAAUAAACCAAUCAUUUAUUUCCACUC